AUGUUCUCAAGUCGUGUGACGAUGGCGGCCCGACAAGGUCGCCGCCUGGGCGCCAAUGCGUACAAAAUGAAGAUGGCCCGCCAUCUUGCAACAGCAUCUCCCGCAUCUCCCGCAUCUUCUGCAUCUUCUGCAUCUCCCGCAUCUCCUGCAUCUCCUUCAUCUCCUUCAUCUCCUUCAUCUCCAGCAUCGCCAGUACCCCAAGUGACCUCCGCUGAUCGAAGCCAUAAAGUUGUUGUUGUUGGUGGCGGCAGCGCCGGCUUGGCCAUCAGCCAUCAGCUCCUCCGCACUGGCAGAUUUACUGAGAACGACAUCGCCAUUGUUGAUCCUGCGACCUGGCAUCACUAUCAGCCUGGCUGGACCCUCGUUGGUGGUGGCCUCAAGAACAAGGAGGAACUCAAAAGACGCCUGGAUACCUUGGUCGACCCUAAGCUCAAACUUUAUCAACAGAGUGUCAGCACUUUUGCCCCAAAAGAGAAUCUCAUCACACUGGGCAAUGGCGACAAGCUUGGCUAUGAGCACCUUGUCGUCGCUCCUGGCAUUAAGAUUGAUUAUGGCAGCAUCAAGGGCCUACCCGAGGCCCUUGCGAACCCCAACUCUCUAGUGUCUACUAUCUACGGCUAUGAGACUUGUGACAAGGUCUUCCGUACAAUUGAGAAACUUGAGAAGGGCAAUGCCAUUUUCACCCAACCUGCUGGCGCUAUCAAGUGUGCCGGUGCCCCGCAGAAGGUUAUGUGGCUUGCGUUGGACUACUGGAAGCGCGCAGGUCUGUACAACCCCAGCAACCCUUCCACCUCGCCGAUUAAGAUCAGCUUCGCGACGGGCAUCCCCGCCAUGUUUGGUGUCCCUAAGUAUAGCGCCAAGCUUGAGGAGCUGAGGAAAGAGAGGGGCGUUGAGGGGCUUUUCCAGCACGACCUUGUCGCUGUUGAGGGCGACACGGCCGUGUUUGCCCGCCCUGAUGGAAAGGAGCAAGUGACAAGAAAGUUUGACCUCCUUCAUGUCGUUCCCAAGAUGGGUCCCCACGCAUUUGUCAAGAACAGUCCUCUGGCGGACGCGGCAGGCUUUGUGGAUGUCGACCAAGCUACUACUCGCCACACCAAGUACCACAAUGUUUGGUCCUCGGGUGACGCUUCCAGUUUGCCCACGUCCAAGACCGCAGCGGCGGUUACGUCGCAAGCGCCAAUCCUUGUCAACAACUUGCUGCUUGCUAUGGAUGGUAAAGCACCUGAGCCCAAGUAUGACGGUUACACCUCCUGCCCUCUUACCACUGAGUAUGGUAAGGUGCUUCUGGCUGAGUUCAAGUACGGCGGCGUACCUAAGGAGACCUUUGGGGAUCUGAUUGGUUUUGAUCAAGCUGUUCCUCGCCGCGCUUUUUACCACCUGAAGAAGGACUUUUUCCCGUGGGUCUACUACAACUCCAUGGUUAAGGGUACUUGGGCCGGACCUAACGGCUGGACAAAAUAA